AUGACUUUCAUGAAUUCUUAUUACGUCGGUGCUUCACCAGCCUAUCAAUCUCUUGGACUUAACAAUGGAUUUGCUGGAUACCCUGUAUCAGACUCUGGAUUUUCAGGAAAACAGAGUGCUCAAGGAUUCUCUUCCGCUGCUUCACGUCAAUUAAACAGUGAACCACAAAUGGCUACAGCUAUCUCUUCUGAAUCUCAAUUUGCUGAUUCAUUUUAUGCUGGAGCACACCCACAACACAACCACUAUGGUCUUAGUGGAUUUGCUGGAUACAAAUAUUAA